GAGAAGGUUUAAAAGGUAGAUAAGGUAAUUUUUUUUAUUGCUUAGAUGGGUGGACGAGCUCACAGCCCACCUGGUGUUAAGUGGUUACUGGAGCCCAUAGACAUCUGCAACGUAAACGCGCCACCCACCUUGAGAUACGGCUGCCCCACCCUUCAAACUGAAACGCAUUACUGCUUCACGGCAGAAAUAGGCAGGGCGGUGGUACCUACCCGCGCGGACUCACAAGUAGUCCUCCCACCAGUAAAAAAGAUAAAUAUGAAAAUGCUCGGAAUUACAUAAAAAUAACAAUUUUGUCUUCGCUUUGAUGUGUCCCCCGUCGGAAGGAUUCCUUUCGUUUGUUUUAAGUCUAUUUUAUACAAAUGUUUAGGUUUUUUUAUUUAUCUAUUGAGGCACUACGAAGUCUGCCGGGUCAGCUAGUAAUAAUUAUAAAAUUAAACCACCAACAUCAUCAGGGCUGGAUUUAGAGGUCUGUAGGCCUCGGGGCAACAGAGGAGCGGAGGGCCCCUGGCCCCAAAUUAUUUUCCAAAUAAAAUGAAUACUUUUUUCAGUCGAGUUUUCCAAUAAAUAAUCUAUUGCGAAACCACAUAAACUCUAGUUUACGUAACACUAUUAGUAUUUAACAAAUAUACAUAAGUAUAAUCAGAGAAAACAAUUUUUUAAAUUAAAUUUUUAGUGUUAACCUUAACGUUAAGUAAAACAGCGAAAAAAAGAAUAUCGAAGGAGAAGGAAAAGAUGUUAUCUAGUGUUUACUUGUCGGAAUUUGAAAAUUUUCGAAAGUCCUUAUUGUGGGCCCUACGUUUGUGGAGGUCCCGGGGCUUUCACCCCGGUUGCCCUCUCCUAAAUCUAUUAUCUAGCCCUGAAUAUCAUAUUAAUUUCUCCGAAAAGCAACUGCCUUUGAAUUGUUAGAUCUUCAAAUACGCUUGUUCGCUUCGGACUCUACCUCCGUCUUGAGCCCUUCAGUUCUCGCACCCAUUCUAGUCUAACCAAAUUAAGCUUGUUGGAGAUAAAGUAUAUGAUCAUUUUGUGUUAAUUAAAACAUCCAAAACUAGGAGCCUGUUGUAAUUUGAAUAAUCUUUUAAUUUAUUUAACGGCACCAACCAACUUUGAGCUUUAAAUUAAGGCAAAUUAGAAUAGCCGUAAAUACGAGCCUGGAAAUUAGAAUGAUCUUUAAAUCUAUUUAGCGUCACGUUGAGAACUUCGCGCGCGCUAGCUAUUAAUGAUGUAUCGCUUCCACACAACGCUUCCCGCUGCUCCACAAUCCGCCCUUCACGACAUGCACUGUCACCGCUCCGACACUCCGCCCCAUGGCACUGACAAGUGCGGUCGCUAACGCCGCCGCCGCCGCCGCCGCCGCCGGGGCAGGCAAGAAGGCGGCCCAGGUUCAACUCCAGGCUGAACUCAACACCGACGAUGAGUGGAAUAAGUUCAUCAAUAGAGACGGACUUUUAGUGAUAGACGUGUACACCGAAUGGUGUGGACCCUGCAUCGGAAUGGUUGGGAACCUCAAGAAAAUCAAAGUGGAGUUAGGUGGAGACAACCUGCACCUCGCCAUCGCUAAGUCAGAUACGAUUGAAUGUUUGAAGCGGUUCAGGAAGAGAAGUGAGCCCACUUGGAUGUUCAUUGCUGCCGGUCAACUGUUGAACGUGGUAUUCGGGGCGGACGCUCCCCGACUAGCCCGCACCAUAGAACAGGAGUUGCAGAACGAGGAGUUGGCUAGAAAAGGAGAAAGAGAACGACCUAAAAGAGCCCCUCAUGAGCUUACGCCUCCUGAGCAGGAAGUAGCCGAGGCUCAAGAGAAGCUGCAACAAGAGCGGCGUGCUCGGGAAGAGGCAGCAGUGGAAGCCGCAAGGAUAAUGAGACGCGAGACCAGGGCGUGUCGCUUGGAGACGCACUUCGCCGAUGUGUGUCCGGCGCUCGUGAUGCCACAUGCUCAGAAACAUUUGAGGAAGAUUACCGAUGCGUUGGAGCCUCAUGGAGUCAUUCUAGCAGACAAAUGUCCAAUACUCCUUGGUAAAGAUGGAGUCAGAGUCCUUGGCGUCGAAGAGCCUGAGCUGGCAACGGAAGCUGCGAUAUCAGCCAUCGCAGAAAGACCCUCAUUGGCUUUACUACUGAAGAAAACGCCGGAAAAGGAUGGUGACGUCAUAGAACUAUGUCGUCGGGCGCUCUACGGUGAUGGCGUCAAGACAGAAGACGGCGCACCGAACAAGAAGGUCCCCGCUGAGGAACUACGCGCUGACUCCACACCGGGAGUAUAUGUGCCGGCUGACAGGCACCAGAGAGCUGCUGUGCUGGACUUGCUGUUCCCAAAAAUGGUGUCGUCGCUGGUGGAGCCGGGGCCGCCCCCCACGGCGCCGCACAUCGCGCUGAUGUUCGGAGCGUGGCAGCGCCGCGCCCUGCUGGCCGUGUGCGACACCUCGCGCCUGCUGCACUACGGGUUCUUCGCUGACGCCAGUCUGACCGAGCCCAAGCUACUGGCUAAGAACAUAGAACAGUACGAGCUCAGACCAGAAAAGGAUUUCUCUGAAACAAUAGUCCUGAUGAUAGCAGUAGGUCUGGCGGCGCCUGAGCUGGCAGAUCCCAAAGACAUUCCACCUCAAGGUCCACCAGAACAGCUAUUGGCGUUAGGUCCUCUGCACGUCAGUGAAGACGCAGUCGUAGGAGCGGAAGAGUGCGCUAAGUUCUUUCCACCCGGUUACAGCGAGCCCGAGCCGAAACCGAAGCAAAAACCGAAGAAAAAGAAAAAGACCAAACGGCACGAAACUAAAGAAGACCUUACGGAAGAAUCUAAUGCGCAAAGUCAAAGCAUUGAAACUGGUGAACCUGGCGAGUCGGAAGCGGCUGUUGAAGGGGACAACGACGGCGAUGCUGAGGUGGAGGGAGACGUCGAGGGGGAGGGGGAAGUCGAGGAGGACGGAGAGGAUGGAGAAGAGCAGCAAGCGGUCGAUAAGGCCACGUCCCCUCCGCCGCCCGCGCCGCAUUGAACGCCAAACUUCAAUUUUCUUGGAAUCGACUCUCGGAACUCUAAUUCUCACACAGCAGCGCGAUAAAAGUACAUUUACAGCUUCACAUACAGCUGGUUUGGUAAUCUGCGCCACGGCACUCGCUUCAAGUCUAUGGGUUUCGGUGACCACUUAACACUAGAUGGACCGUGAGCUCGUUGACCCAUGUAGCACAGUUAAAAGAACUCAUUUCUCCGCUUUUCAUUAGGCAAGUAACCUAGGGCAAGUGUUUACCGUAAUUUUAAAUUUUGUUACAAAAUUACUUUCGAAAUCGUUCAAUAAAUAAAACAACCAAAUACAAUCUAUUUAAAAUGUGUUUCCUUUUCAUUUCAUUUAUUUAUAAAUAGUCAAUUAAUUAUACAUGCUUUAUUUUUAACAAUAAAAUUUAAUAAUAAUACUAAUAACAGUUAUGAGUGACGUUUCACAUACAGGAUGCUCCAUUUUAUAACUAAAACAAUUCGUCCCGUCAGAACCAAAAGGUCGCACACGACUAUCAGACUCGCGAUACGAACAAGUGAUUUUCAAAUAAACAGGGCUACCGUCGCGACACACACACACACACACACUCCCACACACACGCGCAAACACACACCUUGAGUUCAAUCAAACACUUC